AUGGACCAAGGAUGGCUCUCAUACCGAUGCACACCUCUUCUGCCCUCCACUCCCAGGUUGCGCACAAGUGCUAGCUUGGAACCCUGUACACUUUCCUUAGGUAAUCCUCGUAACCCCCCCUGUUCCCCCUUCUCUGGCUUUUGCCUGAACACCGUCCGUGGGGCCUGGCUCGGCUGCUGUCGGCGCGCAACAACUGGCCACCUGCGCGGGCGAGUAUCGUGUCGAGCCCGAUCUACCCUGACGCGUGAGCCCGCUAUCGGCCCAGCCCUCCUCCCUUUUCCCCAUUUGAAUGCUUAUCCGCCCUGCCCACCCCUCCCUGGUUUUCGUGAGGCAGUGGAGGCAGCCCUGUCCCGGGGCUUGCUCUCGCAGAACAGAUACUCGGCUGACAGCCCUUUGCGCUCGGCGCCCACUUUGUAG